UUUGGCCUCAGAAAUACAACGCAUUCUUUAAAGCUUGGUCAAGCUAUCCGUACAAUCUGCACCAUUUCUUCGACCUUGCUGCAUCCAUAAAUUUUUCGGCGUUCGAACAAUUUUUGAAUAAAAUUGGUCUGCAUGAUAUUGAAGUGAUAAUGGCAAGGCUUCUUGCUUCUGUAAACGGCUAUUUGCACGCGUUCAUGAUACCAUCUGACUUCGACGUCACCUUUGUCAACCUAGGACUUGGUUCGCUGCUGGCGGAAAUGAAAGACGAGUUUACUGAGACGCUUGCGCAAUGGCGAUCUCAGAAUACGAAUGUCACGUCCGUUUUGACGGCUUAAAGAAAUACGCAUAUCGUCCAAAGUCGAAUGAUAGUAAUACCAAUGCUAUAGACUGUAGAACCUACCUUUAUCUACGUCACUUCCUUCAGCAGGUUCCCGAAAAUGAGGACAUAGUGUUGGUUCCCACAUGGAUUCAAGACGCUGCCGAGGUCAUAGAGUGGGGUAAGAGAGGUGUUGACAUGCCGUAUAACACAAACAACGUUGACGUUACUGUCGCCGCCAACUCCGUGUUUGGCAUUACGACGGCAAUUCUAAAUGACGUUGUCCCAGCAACAACAUUGGAUGAUUCAGAUAUCAGGCAAAUAUAUCUUAACACCUCCAAUCUGAUAGCGAAAAUGAUCGCAACAAAUUUCAGUUCCCGUCACAACCUAGCUCUACUCUACUACCCGUCCGCAAUAGAGUUCUAUUGGUUCGUGGUCAGAACCUAUGGCGAAAUAACCAGGAAAGAUAAAAAUGAGAAAUUACCACACGCGGUACUCGAAGAGGUCGAAGAACUAUUGAGUGCCGUCUUGGACGAUCACAUGACUUCAGUAUUGAUCAACCAGACCCAGGAGGACAUUCGGGGAGAUAUCUACUUUGACGACUUUGUGGGAGACGGUGAUCUGGACCGCAACAACAACACAGUGGUACGGGGUCAAGAUCGCCUGUUUACCACAGGUAUGGCCAUCAAUGCCUUGAUGAGCACGUGGGCGGUCUUCGAUGAGAAAACAAAGCAUCUGUAUUGGGAAAAAGAUAGUUGAUACUUCAAGAAAAACACCCCCGAUGAGGUCAAGGACACGGUUUUGAAGGCAGCGUCUUUUCUUCAUAACAAUGUGUUCGGACUCACAUACCAGCCUUGGAACGCCUUCUUUUCUGGUUCUGUCAAAGGUUCAACGACAGGGACCUCUUACCCGAUGAACCGAAACUACAUUACCCCAGGGAAUCCCAGAGACGGAUACAUGGACGCUGUUCAAGGUAUCAUAGACGAGAAGACAUACCAAGCCCUUAUCAAGAAGGGAGUGCAUGGUCGGCCCGUGCCUAUUGAUUUUCAUGGGUACAAAACUACCCGGACUACUGGCCAUUCUGGAGCUCUGAAUCGUACACCUAUGUGACCAACAUGCUGGUGUCCAGAUAUGCGAACACGUAUGACCAAUACGAAAGACUGUAACGAUUUGAGAUGUACGUUCGCUGACAUUAUGCCACGCUGCUGGCACUAAGUAUAUAACCAGAUUAAAAAAUCCAUUUGUGACGAAAUAGAAACUGAUAAAAAACAAGUCAUUUGAAAUAAAAGGUCAUGUUUUACAUUUGUACGCAUUUCAUUACUUUGUUGCAAAUGUAUUAUUUAUGGUUUUCAACAUUCAAAAUGUACGUAAAUAA